AGAAGUUAGUUUUGUUUCAGUGUCAAGUUAGUGUCAGAUGUUCUGUAUAAUCAAGAAUGAAACAAAUCGAAAAUAAACCAGAAUAAAAAUGUCGGAAGUUUGUAGAGCUUGUUUGGAACCAUCAACCAAAACGUACCCGUUGGUGGGAAACGUUUUAAAUGUGGAUGUAGACAUUGCGGUUAUGCUAGAGUAUUGCAUUUCUUCCGAGCUGGAUUUGAGCGAGAAUCUGCCGCAGUCUGUCUGCCUUACCUGUUUCAAAAGAAUCAGGUUGGCAUAUCACUUUCUGAAACAGUUUCAAGAGUCUCAAAAAAAACUGUUCAAUUUAUUGCAAAUCCGCGAAGAAGGACCUCCAGAAAAACAUAAAGAUGAAGGUAUUGGAGCUUUCAAUGUGGAAUUUCUCAAAUGCCCAGAAAAUCUAGAAGAUCUUCAUAACUCCGUGAAAGUUGAGAAUGAAACUGAGGACCAGGUGGAUUGGGAGGAAUCCUUUGAGGUUGAAAAAUCUGAGGAAGUAGUUUUUGAUGAAAAUGACCAACUGGCCAGCGAACUAGAAAACCUCAAGAGAGGCGAUACCGGAACAUUGGAAUUCAAAUACGAGGAUGAUACCAACAUUCCUACAGAAGUUGGUAGCUCGAAUUCAUAUCACAGGAACAUUAUUUUAAUAAAAAAUGAAAAUUUUACGGAAGAGGAAAGUAAAAAAAUACAAAUUGUGAAAGACACUUUUGUUUCUGUGACUUACAAGUGCCCGAUAUGUUCAGAAGAAUACGACCGGUACAAAGUAUUCUACAUACACGUUUUGUCGCAUGAGAUGACAAGAAUAGUAUGUUCGAGGUGUCCUAAUAAAGUGGAAUUUGAUUUAGAAGAUUUUUUCUCCCAUUACAAGAAAGUUCACAAGUACCAAUGCUACAUCUGCAAUAAACGUUUGUCUUCCAGCUACGGUUAUCAGUACCAUAUGAAACUCCACGAAAACAUAAAAAAAUACAAGUGUCCUUUGAAAGGUUGCGAAAAAUCUUUCUUUCUGUGCAGCUUGCUCAGGAAGCAUGUACGAACACACGCCUGUCAGAGCAUGUAUCCUUGCGACUUGUGUCAUGCCACUUUCAAUAGUGUUGGGGCCCUGAAAUACCACAAGAAGACCCACGAAGGGUCCCGCAACCAUCUUUGCACGCAUUGCGGGAAAGCCUUUUACCAGUCUGUACAUUUGAGAGACCACAUCAACAGACAUAUGGGCCACAAGACGUUUACGUGUGAUAUUUGUGGGAAAUCUUUCGUUACUAACUCCCAGCUGAAAAAACACAUUAAACUUUGUAUGAAUAAGAAAAGGCUACAUGAAGAAACUCUCGAAGAUACGCAUUCUUUGCUGAGUGACUAAAAGAACAGGAAUUUUUUCACCAAAUAUUAAUUGAUCAUUAGUACUGUAGCUUUAUGUUACUUUAUUACCAAAUUAAAUGUUUCUUUUAUUGUUAUUAA